UCCGGCGGGCCCUAGCAGCCUGGAUCGCGGAGCCGCGGGUGUGGAGCUGGGGUUAGCGGCGCUGCUGGAAGAUGGCGAGCGGCUGGGACGCGCGGCUGCCCUGGAGGCUAGGGAGCCUUCCGCUGCUGCUGUGCCUGCUGUUGCUGAGGAGCCCGGCCCGAGCGGCUCACAUUAAGAAAGCGGAGGCCACGACAACGGCGGGCGCCGAGGCGGCGGAGGGCCAGUUCGACCGCUACUACCACGAAGAGGAGCUGGGCUCGGCUCUGAGGGAGGCGGCGGCCGCGGGGCCCCCCGGCCUGGCCCGCCUCUUCAGCAUCGGCCGCUCGGUGGAGGGCCGGCCGCUGUGGGUGCUGCGCCUCACGGCCGGCCUGGGGUCGCUUCUCCCUGACGGCGACGCGACGCCCGACGCUGCGGGGCCGCUCCUGCCCGGUCGGCCGCAGGUGAAGCUAGUGGGCAACAUGCACGGCGACGAGACCGUGUCGCGCCAGGUGCUGGUCUACCUGGCUCGCGAGCUGGCGGCCGGCUACCGCCGCGGGGACCCGCGCCUCGUCCGCCUGCUCAACACCACCGACGUGUACCUGCUGCCCAGCCUCAACCCCGACGGCUUCGAGCGCGCCCGCGAGGGUGACUGCGGCCUCAGCGACGGCGGCCAGCCCAGGGCCAGCGGCCGUGACAACAGUCGCGGCCGAGAUCUCAAUCGCAGCUUCCCCGACCAGUUCAGCACCGGCGAGCCCCCCGCCCUGGACGACGUGCCCGAGGUGCGCGCCCUCAUCGACUGGAUCCGCAGGAACAAGUUUGUGCUUUCUGGAAAUCUGCAUGGUGGCUCAGUGGUAGCAAGCUAUCCUUUUGAUGAUUCACCAGAACAUAAGGCUACUGGAAUUUAUAGCAAAACCUCAGAUGAUGAAGUCUUUAAAUACUUGGCAAAAGCUUAUGCUUCAAACCACCCCAUAAUGAAAACUGGUGAGCCUCAUUGUCCAGGAGAUGAAGAUGAAACUUUCAAAGAUGGGAUCACAAACGGUGCACAUUGGUAUGACGUGGAAGGUGGUAUGCAAGAUUACAAUUAUGUGUGGGCCAACUGUUUUGAGAUCACAUUAGAACUGUCUUGUUGCAAGUACCCACCUGCUUCACAGCUUCGACAGGAAUGGGAGAACAAUCGUGAGUCUUUGAUCACAUUGAUUGAAAAGGUCCAUAUUGGAGUUAAAGGAUUUGUUAAAGAUUCAGUUACAGGAUCUGGUUUAGAGAAUGCAACUGUCUCAGUGGCUGGUAUUAAUCAUAAUAUCACAACAGGCAGAUUUGGUGAUUUUCACAGAUUACUUGUUCCUGGAACUUAUAACCUUACAGUAGUUUUAACUGGGUAUAUGCCAUUGACUGUUUAUAAUAUAGUGGUGAAAGAAGGACCAGCCACACAGGUGGAUUUUUCCCUUCGGCCAACUGUGACUUCAUUAAUCCCUGACACAACUGAGGCUGUCGCAACUGCUAGCACAGUUGCUAUACCUAAUAUUCCUUCUGAAACAUCAUCUUCCUACCAGCCAAUUCAGCCAAAGGACUUUCACCACCAUCAUUUCCCUGAUAUGGAAAUCUUCUUGAGAAGGUUUGCCAAUGAAUAUUCUAACAUCACUCGGCUUUAUUCAUUGGGAAAAUCAGUGGAGUCAAGAGAACUUUAUGUGAUGGAGAUAUCUGAUAAUCCAGGUGUCCAUGAACCAGGUGAACCAGAAUUUAAGUACAUUGGAAAUAUGCAUGGAAAUGAAGUGGUUGGGAGAGAACUGCUGUUGAACCUCAUCGAAUAUCUUUGUAAGAACUUUGGGACAGACCCUGAAGUAACAGAUUUGGUUCGUAGUACUAGAAUUCACCUUAUGCCAUCCAUGAAUCCUGAUGGAUAUGAAAAGUCCCAGGAAGGAGAUUCAAUUGGUGUAACUGGCAGAAACAACAGCAACAACUUUGACCUGAACCGAAAUUUUCCAGACCAGUUUGUUCAGAUCACAGAUCCUACCCAACCAGAAACUAUUGCUGUAAUGAGCUGGAUGAAGGCCUAUCCAUUUGUACUGUCUGCAAACCUGCAUGGAGGCUCUUUGGUAGUUAACUACCCUUUUGAUGAUGAUGAACAAGGACUUGCCACAUAUAGUAAAUCACCAGAUGACGCUGUGUUUCAACAAAUAGCACUUUCUUAUUCCAAGGAAAAUUCGCAGAUGUAUCAAGGUAGACCUUGCAAGAAUAUGUAUCCUAAUGAAUAUUUUCCUCAUGGAAUAACAAAUGGAGCUAGUUGGUAUAAUGUCCCAGGGGGUAUGCAGGACUGGAACUAUUUACAAACAAAUUGCUUUGAAGUGACUAUUGAACUAGGCUGUGUGAAAUAUCCACUUGAGAAAGAUCUGCCAAAAUUUUGGGAACAGAAUCGAAGAUCUCUAAUUCAGUUUAUGAAACAGGUUCAUCAGGGUGUCAAAGGAUUUGUCUUAGAUGCCACGGAUGGCAGGGGUAUAUUAAAUGCCACCAUUAGUGUUGCUGAAAUUAAUCAUCCAGUGACUACUUACAAAACUGGAGAUUACUGGCGUCUCUUGGUUCCAGGAACUUAUAAAAUCACAGCAUCUGCUCGAGGGUAUAAUCCAGUUACUAAGAAUGUGACCGUAAAAAGUGAAGGCGCUGUUCAGGUCAACUUCACACUUAUUCGAUCCUCAACAGAUUCAAACAAUGAAUCAAAGAAAGGAAAAGGGGAUAGCACCAGUACUGAUGAAGCCAGUGAUCCAACUACUAAAGAGUUUGAAACUUUAAUUAAGGACCUUUCAGCUGAGAAUGGUUUAGAAAGCCUCAUGUUACGGUCCUCCUCAAAUCUGGCUCUUUAUCGAUACCAUUCAUACAAGGACUUAUCAGAGUUUCUGAGAGGACUUGUAAUGAACUAUCCACAUAUUACAAAUCUUACCAAUUUGGGACAGAGCGCUGAAUAUCGUCACAUUUGGUCCCUUGAAAUCUCCAAUAAACCCAACAUAUCUGAGCCUGAAGAACCAAAGAUUCGUUUUGUUGCUGGUAUCCAUGGAAAUGCUCCAGUUGGAACUGAAUUGCUUUUGGCUCUGGCAGAAUUUCUCUGCCUGAACUACAAAAAGAACCCAGCUGUUACCCAAUUGGUUGACAGGACUAGGAUUGUGAUUGUCCCUUCUCUAAAUCCAGAUGGGCGAGAGAGAGCACAAGAAAAAGACUGUACUUCAAAGACAGGACAAACAAAUGCUCGUGGCAAAGACUUAGAUACAGACUUCACAAGUAAUGCCUCCCAGCCUGAGACUAAAGCCAUCAUUGAAAAUUUGAUUCAAAAACAGGACUUUAGUCUUUCUGUUGCUUUAGAUGGUGGUUCUGUGCUGGUGACAUACCCAUAUGACAAGCCAGUACAGACAGUGGAAAACAAAGAGACUCUGAAGCAUUUGGCAUCUCUUUAUGCAAAUAAUCAUCCAUCGAUGCACAUGGGUCAGCCCAGUUGCCCGAAUAAAUCAGAUGAGAAUAUUCCAGGGGGAGUAAUGCGUGGAGCAGAAUGGCACAGUCACCUGGGCAGCAUGAAGGAUUAUAGUGUCACCUAUGGCCAUUGUCCAGAAAUCACAGUGUACACAAGCUGCUGCUACUUUCCUGGUGCAGCACAGCUCCCUUCCUUGUGGGCAGAAAAUAAAAGAUCUCUUCUUAGCAUGUUGGUGGAGGUUCACAAGGGAGUUCAUGGAUUGGUUAAAGACAAGACUGGAAAACCAAUCUCUAAAGCAGUUAUUGUACUCAAUGAAGGAAUAAAGGUACACACAAAAGAGGGAGGUUAUUUUCAUAUACUGUUGGCUCCAGGUGUCCAUAACAUCAAUGCUAUUGCUGAUGGGUACCAGCAACAACAUUCACAGGUCUUUGUGCAUCAUGAUGCAGCUAGUUCUGUGGUAAUAGUCUUUGAUGCAGAUAACCGGAUAUUUGGUUUACCAAGGGAGCUUGUGGUAACCGUAUCAGGUGCCACUAUGUCAGCAUUGACCCUAACAGCUUGCAUUAUUUGGUGCAUCUGCUCGAUCAAGUCUAACAGACAUAAGGAUGGUUUUCAUCGGCUCAGGCAGCAUCAUGAUGAGUAUGAAGAUGAAAUUCGCAUGAUGUCAACAGGCUCCAAGAAGUCCCUCCUAAGCCAUGAGUUCCAGGAUGAAACAGACACUGAAGAGGAAACAUUAUAUUCUAGCAAACAUUGAAAAACACACUUUGCGUAUCUCCCAGCAUAAGUACCAAGCAAAAUUACAGUUCCUCUUGGGAGACACUGCAUUAAGAAGAGAGACUCUUGCUUCUUCAAAGAGUUUUGGGAAGUUAACUUGCUAAAUUUGUAUUCUCUGUGAAUUUCACUGGCAGUUUUGAACUUCCCUUCCUUAAAGUACUCUUAACCUUUAAAAAAAUCUGAUUUCUAUUUAUGCAGCAGAGAUGGGACAGGCACUUUGUUUUUCUUUUUAUUUAAGAUGAGCUAUUUAGAGCUUAUGUAAUAACAGUGUCAAGCCAACUAGUGAAUGUUGUAUUUUGCACAUCAGGUGUUUACUAGUGGCUCUAGCUUUUUUUCUUUAUUUUAAAUGGCCAAAAGAAUCCAGAAACAUCAAGGCAGGGACAGCAGUCAGAAUCUGACAUAAAGCUUUAAAAACUCGAGGUUUUCUCAGUCUACUGAGGAGUACUUUUCUCUAGUUAUUAAAUAGCUGGAGUUUCUCUUAUUCAGGUUUAAUGGAGGUUGAAUUGAGAUUUAAACGUAUAUAACAUUAGGAAAUGAAUAAAAGUGCUUCCGUAUUUGGCUUUCUACCUGUUCCAAAGCUAGAUCAGAACUGUUGGGCUGCGCUCUAAGCAGGAUUUCACUACCUCUCUCGUAAGGUUUAGCAAAGUUCUAAAUAUCCCCAUUUUAAGGGAAAACUCAGUAACUUUGUUGUGAAAGACCUAAAUGUGCACUUGAAUGGAGCUGAGAGGGAGAUCUAGCAAAAGCUAAAACUCAUGCUGCCUGUCUUUUCACUUUGUAAAAACCCACAGGUGCUGCUACUUUUAUCUGUGAAGCACUAGUUUAUUCUAGGAAUGCCUAUUUCUUUAAUAUUUCCUAAAUUUGAGCCUUUUUCUACAUUGUACACUUAUGGUUUUCAGAUGACCCAGCCAUCCAUAAGAUCUGAAUUCUACUGAAAAUAUCUGGAAAUGUGGAAGAGACCUACUUGCACAUUCUUAACCUACAUUUGAAUACAAAAUAUCUACACUUCAUGCUCCAGCCCAAGUCUACGCCCUGCAAUAGCAUACUGUUAUUGAAAUAUCUUGGCCAGUCUUGUUCACAUAGGCCUCUGCAACUGAUUGGGUUCUUUGUCCUAAUGUUUCUUUUGACAGUCUCUUUUUGAUCAACCAAUUGUGUUAGAAGUUCAAUUGAAAACUUUUAAAUAUGGCUCCUUUAAAAAAAUGGAAACUAUAGACUGCCAUGUGAUAUAACACUAUGGUGUGAAAGUGUCAUCUUCACUGCCAGUCAGGCAAAGAUCUGAAAGAUUUGCAUUUUAUUGUUUCUGUCUUAUCAUGCUAGUCAACGGAAGUUAUGCUUUUUGUAAGUAUGAGUCUUACCAAUGACUAAUGGUUUAAUACCUUUGAAUGUUUUAAUGGCCAAGUUGCUGCUGAAUUUGUACUAAAUCAGGGGAUCAUCUUUUCAAAUUGUAUUCUAUAUCCGUUAAUGUAUCAAUUAUCCCAAAGCCUUGUGUGGAGUGGUUUACCACUCAACUAGGUCAUUCAACCAGGUUUUGUGAGGAAUGCAUCCAAAGUGGCUUUAUAAAAAGAGAUUUCAUUUAGCAGGAAUAAUGAGGUCAUGACCUCAUUGUUGUUAAUAAGUGUGAUAAAUUUUGGUGGUACAAGGUUAAGCCAUUCUGGUAUUAAUCCUGGUAGUAGCAACUCUGAAUUCUGCCACCUCAUUCUCGUCCCACCACAUACGCCAAACAGAGCUUAUGGGAUGCUAAUAGUUGAUAAAAUAUACAUGCUUUAAUUUCUUCUAAUAAUCCUUUAUGUUUUCUUAAGGGUGUAUUGCUCUUUUUCAGCUUUAUUUUGAAGAGUGUAACAAGAGAAAACCAACAAGGGGCCUGCGAGUGACUGGCCCUCCUUGGGACACUGCGGCUAGAAAUGAAACAAAGUUGAUGUGAUAGCCUUUGCUUUAUUAAUAUCGGUCUUCACUAGAGGAUAUCUUUUACAUUUACUUCUCUCUUGAAUUAAACAUGUCCUUAACUGUACAUCUCAGUGGCUAGAGGUCAUAACUUUUAAGCAUGUGUAAAACUUUUUUAGAAAUGAACAUACAAAUAGUUCUUUUAGUAAUUUUUCCUGAAAGGAAAACCAAAUUCUUAUAUAAAUCUUGAGUCUUUAAUGAAUUUCUAAAUAAUGCAUUUAGCUGGAAAACAAGGCCUUCUCAGCCUGCGUUACCUAUGAACGUGAAUGUAUAGGACCCAUGACUACUAAGACUGUUUUCUCAGCCCUGCUCUGUCUUUAAUUUGUGGAUCUAAUCUAAUCGUAGAUCACAUUAACUGCUUAAGGCAUUGAAGCCAUACGGGAUGGGGAAUGCAUUUCUUCAGUGUUUCUCCUAUAGACUUUUCCAUUUCCUUGGAGUCAUGGAGGCAAGUAUCACAGUAUUAAGAAAUUUGCCCAAAUCUGAGUUGUGCCUUUCUUUACUCACAAGACCUGGUUUUUGUCCUGGUGACCAGUUUGUAAGCCUUUUUCCCUACCAGCUCCUUAAUAAAAGCAAAGUGAUUUAGUAGGUAAUGUUCAAA